AUUCACCAUGCGCUUCUCAGAUCAGAGGACACAGCACUCGGGACUGCUACAGAUAUACAGUAAAUUUCCUUGCCAAAGAAUCGAGAUCAGCCAGAAAUCAAACGGAUGCACAGACAGGACCGUCUUCGUUCGAAAGCAAUCUCACUCAGCACCAGAUGAUCCACAUCACUCACAUCCUGGGUGAUCGAUGAACCAAACCAAUCAUGGUAGAUAGACGACCUGAUGUAGAAAAAGCGCGAAAGGAAGCUCUCGCUGCGCAACUCGCCACUUGGAAAGAGAAGGAAGCUGCGAGGUUGGAAAAGAGGAGGAGAAAUAAACUGGCUGUUGGCGGAACCGGAAACACCAUCUCCUCCCGUGGAUCGAGCGCUGGAACCUCGGAUACUGGCAACGUUUGGGCAAAGAAUGGAUCGUAUCAGAGAGAAAAGUAUAUUUUGCGAAAGCCCCCAGUAGUCCAGCAUGGACCGGAUAUGCUGCUUUUCAAGCCGGAAAAUCUGCGACCCUUGCACGACAAAUUCACCAAAGACGAGGGAAGGAAGUGGGAGAGUACUCUAUCAGCAUAUUGGCAUAGAAUGAGCACAAGAAAUCCAGAAUUCCAAGUGUACCAAUCUGCACGCUCGGGAAUCGACAAAGUCUCAGCGAAUUUGCGUCAAAACAUACAACAAGCAAUCCAAGUUUUGGUUGCCAAUAACCAGUCAGCCCAACCAAGUCAGCCAAUCCAGCAGGUACAACAACGACUUGGAUUCAACGCAAGAGGUGCGUCUGUAUCCAACACUUGCGCUCGCUUGAAUUGGAACCCUCCGGCGCCUCCGCCACCUUCCGAGGGGAAUUUAAGACCAACAUAUACACGUAUGUCGCGAAAGGAUCUCUCGAAUGAGACACUAGUUCAAAGAAAUUUGGACUUUGAGUACGACGUGGAUCCUGAGAACCUGCUGGUCAGGCGAUGGGCUCUGGAACCCGAACAGGACUUACUUUGGGAGCGUACCAGAAAUUUACGAGAACUCCGUCAUGUCGAGAGCCAGAUCAUCAUGAAAAAUCAAAGCCUACCCUACGAAGAUGUUAACACAGCUUUGCGUGAUGACAUAGUGGGAGUAAGGGCACCGAGGCAGGCAGACAAGUCAAGAUCGCCGUCACAAGAAAUCAUUGUCCGACGGAAACGUAGCCCAUCUGAAAAUCCAAACUCUGAAAGUUUGAGCUUCAACGACGACCUCAUAGAAGCUGUCGAAGAUCACGCCGAUCCAAAUCAGGGGUACACUAGAUUUACCAUGAAGAGAGCGAACGUCCGUGCUAUUUCAGACUUGGGCUACACAUAUAGAAUUAGAGCUGACGUGACUAUUAUGGUCCUGAAACAUCUCGAGAAGGAGCAAAUCGAUGAAAUCCUACUGUUGAGUGCAAAAUACAAUCGAGCGGCCUUGUCAGCCGGAUCAGGAGAAAAUGAGCGAAACAACAACCUCGGCACGAUGCGGAACGUCCCAAUAACAGAGCGAACUGGUGGUGGCUUACUGGUCGAUAAUUAUACGAUAUCUCAAGAUAAUGUCAUGGGCCAGGAGGCGCGGAAAGCAGAAUUACUGGCUCAAUUUGGCAAGAAGCAGUUCACACUUGGCUCUCGAACGCCAAAUGCUCAAGUCGAGAAAGAGCUGGUGGAGAACAAGCCUUGUGAUAAUGUUACUAGGCUAGCGAGUGUGUCUAAGUCUUACAAGAUCGUUGAUUUCUAAUGAAAAUGACUUCUGAGAGGCUGUUCUCAAAUUUAGCACUCAUGUUUCCGCAGAAGUUAGAACCAGCGAUGAAUGCACGUCUAGUACGCUGCCGACGAUGUGCUAAUGGGCGUUUCCUUUGUUUAAUAUCAAGCCGAAGUCCGCAGAACAAGG